AUGGUCAGGGACGCAAUUGUCUGCUACGCAAUUGUCCGGGACGCGAUUGUCUGGGACGCAAUUGUCUGCUACGCAAUUGUACGGGACGCGAUUGUCUGGGACGCAAUUGUCUGCUACGCAAUUGUCCGGGACGCGAUUGUCUGGGACGCAAUUGUCUGCUACGCAAUUGUACGGGACGCAAUUGUCUUAGACACUUCUAAUUUACUCAGUUGUCUAGGCUCGCAAAUGGUCAGGGACGCAAUUGUCUGCUACGCAAUUGUCCGGGACGCGAUUGUCUGGGACGCAAUUGUCUGCUACGCAAUUGUACGGGACGCGAUUGUCUGGGACAAUUGUCUGCUACGCAAUUGUCCGGGACGCGAUUGUCUGGGACGCAAUUGUCUGCUACGCAAUUGUCCGGGACGCGAUUGUCUGGGACGCAAUUGUCUGCUACGCAAUUGUACGGGACGCAAUUGUCUUAGACACUUCUAA